AGCAAUUUUUUCACACGACUUAAUUAUUGUUGACAAUAUUUCUUAAUCAACUUUUUGGGGAGUUUAAUUUGGAAUGAAUUCCUCGCAGGAGGAGGACGGCACACCUUCACCUACAUUGGACCUUGUCAUUCAGAAGCUGGAAGAGUCUCUGUUUGAUUUUGAGGACCAUGAACCGGACUCUGGAGUUCUCCCUGCACCGGUAUCAAGCAGCAUCCGCCGCAUCAUCACCCGGAAUCUGGCCGAGACACCCAAUGGGGAGGUGACCAAAAUGGAGGAGAAUGUCAAUGAAGCGGGUUCUAUGACUCAGACAGGCCAGAAGGAGCAAGUCGAAAAUUGCGGCUUCACAGAGAAGCUGGAUCAGAGGCUGACCACGCCGUCGCCGGCGGACUCGGACCGGGACGCCGUGUCGCCAUGGCAACAGGAGCGAGCGUACAGGCGGAGGCUGCUGCUCUUCCAGGAGGCCCAACAGAAGCAGGCCCAGCUGGUCCAGAGGCUGCAGAACAAGGUCCUCCAGUACAAGAGCAGGUGUGGGCAGCUGGAAGGCCAAGUCCUGGACAAGACCUCCGACUUGGAGAACAUGCGACUGUUGCUGCAGGCCCACAAGGACUCGGCCCAGCGUCAGGAGGAAGAUCUCAACACAUGCAUCAGGAGCAAAGCUGCCCAGCUGGACGAGGAACAGAGGAGAUGCGGCAGCCUGGGCCAAGUCAACAGUGUGCUGCGCGAACAGCUGGCGCAUGCCGACGCCCUCAACCAGGGCCUGGUAGAGAGCCUGCGGAAGGCGCGCCGUGACGCCGAGCUGUGCGAUACGCGCCUGCGCCACGAGCAAGAGACGUCGUCGUCCCGCCUGACUCGGGAGCAGGCUCGCGUCAGAAGCUUGUGGCGCCAGGCCGCUUCCCUGAGGAACGCCUUCACGCAACUCAGGAACUUCGCUGACAGAACACUGUCUGACAUGCGAGGCGAGUGCGCCGCCGCAGACCAGAUAUUUCGCGCGGCCUGUCGCCAGCUGGAGGUCCGAACCACACAGGAGAACACUUUGGGUGACAAGGAGGUGUCGGUGGUGGAGCAGGAGCUGAAAGACAAGCUACAGGAGGCCAUGCAGUUUCAGGGGCGCUGGGAUGCAGAAAAAGUGGAACUCAACUCCAGGAUCAUUGAGCUGACGGAUGCAGUGAAGCAACUCCGGAGCCAAAACAGCGAGAAGGAUGCUAACCUGAACAGGAUGGAGACGAGCAGGAGCAAGGACAAAGGACAGAUGGAAAUCCUUCAGGCUGAGAAUGAAGCCCUUCAGAAAGUGCUCAGCGAAGUCCAUCGGCUGGUGUCUAGCGAAAGCGAGAACAGCACGUCUGAAGGUCUUCUUGGUUCUUCUCCAUGGAGACACACCACCCUUAUGGCUGUGCAGAGUGCCCUCACCAAGCACCGGGAACAAAUUCAGGACUUUUGUGCCCGCUUGGAGGCUUCCGUGAAGCAAGCAGACACGUUGCAUACUCGGCUGCAGCAGAGCGAGUUGUCCAGAACGGAACUGGAGGCGAGGAGCCGGGAACUGACGAAGGAAAGUCAGGAGGCCAAAAAGGCUUUGGAGGAAACUGUCCAGGAAAAAGACAGAUACUGCUCCUUGCUCGACAUCAUUUCUAGCGAGAAGUCUGGUAUGGAGCAGCUUUUAGCAGGACUGCGGCAGGAGCUCGACUCCAAGGGUAGCGAGCUGGAGGCCUUGAGGCAGAAGUACCAAGACGCCAGGCUGCAGCUGGCACGGCUGCGCUCUGAGACCCAGCAAGGCAAGCAGACCCUGGAGGAGCUAGAGGGGAAGCACUCGGACCUCCGGCAGGAAUUGGCUGCGGCGAGGGAGGAGCUGAGCCGGUCAGGCCUGGAGAAGGAAGUUCUGGAGGAGGACAAGGCCAGCCUGGCUUUGGCUCUCACCAAAGCUGAGUGCCGUGGGGUGGCGCAGGAAGCGCUUGUGGCCAAGCUGCACCACCAGGAGGCGGGGUUAAAGGACUCCCUGGCCAAGAUGGUCGCCCUGAGCGAGGGCCUUGCCAAGGAUAAGGUGGAGCUCAACCGCCUUCUGCUGCAGUCCGAAGCGGAGAAGGCAGAACUGGCCGACCGCCGUAGGGAAGCCAAAGCGGUGCAGGCGGCGGCCCGGGAGGAGGUGGCCCAGCUUCAGUGGCAGAAGGCGAAGGCUGAAGCGGAGAAGGAAACCCUGGAGAGCUCGCAGCGCCACCUGCAGGACAUGCAGCUCAAGCUGGAGGAGGACCUGGAUCUCCUGCAGAAGGAGAAUGCACGCAACCUGGAGCAGCACUUGCAGGUGAGUAGACAGGUGCAGAGCGCAUCGGAGGAGCUCCAUGAAAGCAGGAGGCGGCUGGAGGAGCAGGAGGCGGCCCUGAAGAGAGCCACUGCAGACAGGGAUGACCUUGCCAAGGACAGAGCCGCCCUGGAGGUCCGACUCUGCUUGGCUGAACGCAAGACUUGCGACCUUGCGCAGGAGCUGCUGGCGCUCAGAGCCGAGAAGCAGUGCCUGGAGACCAGCGUGUUCCAGAGCCAGGAGAUGGCCUCGUCCCUGGAGGCCGAGUGCAGCCGCUUGGAGGCCGAGAGGCGCAGCAUGCUGUCGGCUAACGAGGCCUUGACGCGCGAGGUCACUCUGGUGCGUCUUGAUGCGGAGCGUCAAGAUACUCAGUUCAGCCAGGAGCGCAGCACCCUAGAGGAGAACUUGGUCCAGGCAGAGAGGAAGGCCCUGCAGAGCCUGAAGAACAAGGAUGAGCUCCACCGAGAGCAGAUGGAGGACGAACGCAGACAGAAGGAGCAGCAGCUUGAAGAGAUGAGGGGGCAGCAGGAGAAGCUGCGCUCACUCAACCAGGAGUUGGCGGAGCGUAGCACGAAAGAGGUGCUAAAGGCAAAGAAGGAGAUGCUCAGUGCUCAGCAGCAGUGUGAGAGAAGCAUCCUGCAGGCCCACAAUGAGAUACAGCAGGCUUUGUCCCAGAAGGAAGCAGAGAAGGUGUCCCUUUUGGAGAAGCUUGCUGGCCUCCAGAAGGAUCUUAACUCUGUAACCAGUGAGCUGGAAAUUGCUCGGAGGGAAGCGCUUGCCACACAGGAGCUGGACAAGAAUGAAGUGAUGGUCCUGCGGCGUGAGACGCAGCAGCUGCGAGCCGACUUUGAGGCCUCAAUCAGUUCGCACGAGGCAGCUGAGCAGAGCGGACGCGAGAAGCUGCGUGAGCUGAGCCGGCAGCAGCUGGCCGCCCAGCACCAGGUGGAAGUUCUUCAAGAUCAGCUGCAGGACACGGAGGAGCGACUGGCCGAAGCUAAGAGGGAGCUAGCUGAGGCCCGGCGCUCCCUUCAGGACAGCGUUCAGGAGUUGGAGAAGCAGCGCGAGGAAGCCCUCAACCUGCGACAGCUACUGGAGGACAAGAUGAAGGAAAAGGAGGCCAUCCAGGCCUCCAAUCAGGAGCUCAGAGCUUCCGUCAACCAAUUGGAGUGCGACAUCAGCAGUUUGCGGCAAGCAGUGGAGGAGCGUGAGCAGCAGGUGUCCGUCUUGGAGGAGCGGAGUGCCUCCAUGCAGCGGGAGGCGUCCGCGCUGAGGAGCAGCAUGCGGGAAAUUGAGAAGUCACGGCUGCAGGCGCGCCGACGAAGCCAGGAGCAGCGCAGACAGGUAAAGGUCAUGGAGGGUGAGAAGCAGCAUCAGGAGCAGGAGCUGAAGCAGCUGCAGGCGCAACUCUGUCAGCAGGAGCAACAACACGAGGAAGCGCGACAGCUGGCCUUCGGCCUCAAGCAGAGAGUGUUGGAAUGCGAGGCUGCCAACAAUCGGGUGUCGUCCCUCCAGAGGCGCGUGUUGGAGCUGGAGGAGGCCGAGCGUCAGAGCUCAGAGCUCAUGAGGGUCCGACAAGCGCAGCAGCAACUGACCGCCCAGAAGCUUCGUGACGAGGCCGCCCGGCUGCAGCGGGCCCUGGAGGACGCCGGUCUCCAGACAGGAGCUCUGAGGGCCCGGGUGGGUCACGCCGAGGCCGCCGGCUUGGACUUGGAGCGUCGGCUGGGGGCGAGCGAGGCCCGACAGCGCGAGCUGGACCGUAAAAUAUCCGCAGUGGGUUCUACCCUGCGCCGUCUCCGCCUGACGUCUCCCAGGAGGAAACUUCCUCUUCAAGACUCGGCGGGAGGCGGCGUGACCGGCAUCUCCACUUCCUGUGCUGACGAUGAAGAACUGGACUUGGACUCCAUCCAGGCCAGCCUGCAGGAACUCCUGAGAGAGCUCAGGGACACAGAGAGAGAGAGAGAUGAGUCCAAGGCUCAGGUAGUGAUUCUACGCGAGCAGGUCUCAGCACUCCAGGACAAGUCGACCACUGAGGUGACCAAACUGCACAUGUCUCUGAAGCAGUUCAAAGAAGGAAAUCGGGAAAUCGAAGAGCGACUGCACGAAUACCAGACCUCGCUUUUCCGGCACCAGGAGGCAGCCGAGCGAGACAAGAUGGACCUGGAGGAGGAGGCGGCUCAGCUCCGGUCUGGUCUGCUCGCUUUCCAGGCUGAGUCGAAGUCGCUGAGGGAUAGGCUGGAGAGUUCCCAGGCCGAUGCACACGCGGAGCUUACAAGACUAAAGGAGGCUCUAGAGGAGGCCCAAAGUUGCUCGGUCCGCCUGGAGCUCAGUCGCCACUCACUGGAGGACGAGCUGCAGCUCGCCCGCCGAACUGCAUCCGAACUGGAAGCGGAGGCGGCGACGUUGCGGCAGAGGUCGGCCGAGGUGGCGAGGAAACUGUCCGAGAGUCAAGCGGCGCUGAUGGCCAGCGAGGAGCGACAGAGCGUGGCGCUGGCUCGGGCCGAGCACCGCCAGGGCCAGCUGGGAGAGCAGGUGCGAGCGCUGACCGGCGCGCUCAGUGAACAGCGCAGCAGCGAGGGGGCGCUGCAGGAGAACCUGAAGCAACUGCAGAGAGCCAUGACUGACAGCGAGACGGAACGACGACUCCUGCAGGAUCGUCUGGACGAAACCAGAGACGCCCUGGCCGAGAGCAAGAAGCUGAACCACUCUCUGACGCAGCGCAUUCAGACCCUUCAGAGGGACCGGAAGGACUCUGAGCUGAAGAACUGUGAGCUGGACAAACACAACAAGAGCCUGCAGCAGAGUCUGGAGCGGCAACAAGCAGCGCAAGAGGUGACACAGAAGAACGCUGAGCUGCUGGAGGACAAGGUGACAAAUCUGGAAAGUAAGGUGACAAGCCUACAGGUGACGCUAGAGCAGCUACAGCGAGAAAAGGCCGACAUGGAGAAAGCCAUGGCGCGACUCGGAAAGGACAAAAGCGCUCUCAGGAAGUCGCUGGAGAAGGCAGAGAUGGAGAGGCUGAGGACGAAGGAAGCGGUCGCCACGGAAACGCAUCAGAUGCUGCUCUGCCUCGAGCGGCAGCUGGCGGAGAGGCAGUACCAGGUGACAGGACUGCAGGCGCACGUGAGCCAGCUGGAGCAAGCACAGGCAAAGCGCCUCCUGGAGGCGGCGACACGGCACCACCAAGAGCUGGAAGCCGCCACGCAGCGGCUGCGUGAUGCACAGCUGCAGGCCCAGCAGGCCCUGGAGAGCCGGGAGAAGGCCCACCGCCAGCGGGUCAAGUGUCUGGAGGAUCAGGUGAACAACAACGGCCUGGUGUCCUUCCUCAGGGAGGUUUCCCAGUUCACCCCGGUGGCGUUCCCCAUCGCCGGGGACCGCCGGGUAGUAGCGCCUUUCUGGGCCGACGUCGACAACCGGCGGGCGGGACGCGUCUUCUACCGACAGAGUCGUGAGCCGGACAUCCUACGCCGGGCGGAGGGAGACGUCAAAAUGUACUUCUCGGACUUCCCCGACUUUAACGCCACCUGGGUGCUCAUCUCCACCUGGCACCAAGUCACCUUCUAUGGCGGCAGCUCUACCACGGCAGUGAAUACAUUCCAAGUGGUGCUUAUUACGGACGAGGAGCUCUCGUUCACCAUCUUCCAGUACAAUAACAUCACUUGGACGACCGGGAGGCAUGCCAGCAGCGGAGGGGAUGCAAACGGCCUGGGGGGCAUCGCAGCACAGGCAGGCUUUAACGCCGGCGACGGGAUACGAUACUUCAACAUUCCUGGCUCACGGACCCAAGAUGUAUCCAAUGUGGAAGCCACCACCAACGUAGGCUUCCCGGGACGCUGGGUCUUCCGCAUCGACCACGCGAACGUCGAGGUGGGCGGCUGCAACAAUUCAGCGUCGGUGUGCCCGCACCUGAGACCGUGCCUUAACGGAGGACGCUGCAUCGACGACUGUAUCACUGGAAAUCCUUCGUUCACCUGCUCUUGCUUGUCAGGCUUCACCGGACGACGCUGCCACAUCAAUGUGGAUGAGUGUGCUUCGUUUCCCUGCCAAAACGGAGGAACGUGCCAAGACCACAUCAACAGUUUCCGUUGUCUGUGUCCGCCUGGAUACACUGGAUCUCUGUGUGAAACAGAUGUGGACGAGUGCAGGGACGGGUUGUGCCUCAACGGCGCGCUGUGCGUGCAGACCGCCGACAAUUUCACCUGUGUGUGCCCGCCAGGCUACACCGGCGAGCUGUGCCAGACAGACGUGGACAAGUGCGAGUCGCAGCCCUGCUUGAAUGGAGGCCGGUGCGUCAGUCACGGCGGCAACUUCACCUGCCUUUGCCCCGCUCCGUUCACGGGAGUCGUCUGCGAGUCAGAGCUAAUGGAGCUCCAGCUCAAUUCCACUCAGUCGGAAAACCAAACAGGCCCGUGCCAACACGGCGACUGCGACAAAAACAGAACCUGCCAACCGGACGCCGAGACCGGAACGCGCCGCUGCUCAUGCGCGCCCGGUUACUACGGCGACACGUGCCAAGAGGAAUGCCUGUGCCAAAAUGGCGGCGUCUGCGUGGACGGCAACGGGACCUGCCAAUGUCCCGCCUCCUAUACGGGACUCUACUGCCAGUUUGAGGUGACGCAGAUGCCGUGCAGCAACAAUCGUCCGUGUCCCGACGGGGGUCCGUGUUUGGAGUACAGGGGCGCCUACCUGUGCACGUGUCAGACCAGCCUCGGAGAACUGGACCAGAGGGACAUUUACCCUUAUGUACAGCCCCGAUCGGUCUGCGACUCCACCCCGUGUCUCAACGGCGGCUACUGCUACGAGCGCGACGGCGGAUACACGUGCCAGUGCUCCCACGGACACUGGGGCAAGCAUUGCGAGAAAGUGCGACUCAACACCUGCGCGUCCGGUCCGUGUCGCAACGGAGGCUCGUGCAAGGAGGAAGCGGGCAACUACAGAUGUGUGUGUCCGUACAGGUUCACCGGGAAACACUGUGAAGUGGGGAAGCCCGAUCCGUGCGCAUCCAGUCCGUGCGUGAACGGAGGAACAUGCUUCCACUACAUCGGGAAGUACAAGUGUGAGUGUACGGACUCGUUCACUGGAAGACACUGCGAGGUCAGCACGGCCACUGCCAGUCAUCACGAAGUUUUGGACUGCGGGCAACCCCCGCAGGUGAAGCACGCCGAGGUCCAGUUCUCGUCCACCUUGGCGGGAUCGGUCGCCGUCUACCUGUGCCAGGCGGGAUACGUGGCAGUGCCCAGAGCCACGCAGAGCGUCUGCGGCGUCCAGGGCGACUGGAGCCAGCCCCCCGUUUGCGAAGAACUCAACGAAUGCUCGUCUGAGCCGUGCGUGAACGGCGGGAAGUGCCACAGCCACGGGGGUUCUUACCUCUGCAACUGUCAACACGGCUUCAGUGGGAAACAGUGUCAGACAGACGUUAACGAGUGCUUGUUGGAGCCGUGCAAGAACGGCGGAACCUGCGAGAACCAGCCGGGAUCGUACUUGUGUCGCUGCCCACCCGGCCUCAAAGGCCGACACUGCCAAACAGAGCAGGACAGCUGCGAGUCCAACCCGUGUCUGAACGGGGGCGUGUGUCGCGGGUACAAGACGACGUACGCGUGCGUGUGCAAAGACGGCUUCUUCGGCGACCAGUGCCAGAUGUUGGAGGAUCCCUGCAUACUACAACCGUGCGGGAGCAGGGGCGAGUGCAGGAGCGACAGGAGAGGAAAUUACAACUGCGUGUGCAAAGCCGGACACACCGGGAAAGACUGUGAGAAAGAUCUGCUGCCCCCCUCCGGCCUGCACGUGCAGCGAGUGGAGGAGAGCGAGAUGGAGCUGCGCUGGGACCAGCCGGAGGCGUCGACGGCGGCCUGGCUGAGCGGCUUCGUGGUGACGUACGCGCCGCACGGCCGCGGGGGCGCCCUCAAGGUAGACUUCCUGGACCGCCAGAGGCGCCGGCACGUCCUGCGAGGCCUGGUGCCCGGCCUCCUCUACAACAUCUCGACCUACUCCAUCAAGCGCAACGCCAACAGCGACCACGUUAGCAUGCCAGCCACCGCCCUCAUACGCACCAGGCCUCGGCGCGUGGAACGUCUCCAAGUGUCGAACGUGUCGUCGUCUGAGGUGCGGCUGAGCUGGAGCUUCAACGUCAAGACGGCUCGCCACGCGCCCGUCAGCGGGGUGCGAGUCACGCUGACGUCCGAAGACGGCGGAGACACGCGGACGGCCCUGCUCAACGCCAGCACUAGCGAGCACACCUUCAGUUCUCUACUUCCUGCCCACAUGUAUACAGUAGACGUGUUGACACAAAGUGGACUCAAACCCGAUGACUUCCCUUCCACAAGCCACUCUGCCGGACCCUUGCAAUUUUGGACAAGGCCCCUCCCACCGCAGAACCUCUCCCUGGCCCGCGUCAGCGCCAACACCGCCGCCAUCACCUGGUCCCGCCACCCCGGGCUCGUACCCGACGGCUUCGUGGUGAACGUGACGCGGGGGCUGACCACCAGGAGCCGCUUCCUGCCCAACGGCCUGCUGGGCUCGUACACCCUCCGGGAGCUGACGCCUGCUCAGCUCUACCGCCUUGCCCUCACUUCCGUCAAGAAAGUGGGACAGGAGCAGGUCCACAGCCACCCUCAGUAUCUGGACUUCACCACCUUGCCAAUGGAGGCCAGGUCCGGAAGAAGAGAACGACCAACCAAAGGAGGACGAAGGCCGUCUCAGCCUCAGGAUCAGGGCGGGGGUGCUGAACAGAGCUACACUGAACUGAUCGACAGGAGGGGAAAGAUCACAGCCAAGUUCACAAACCUGCCGAGAAAAGUCAUCCGGCAUCGGACAAAACCCCAAUUGCCGCUUCGACUGGAGAGGAUGGAGGAGACCACAAACAAAAUCAGCCUGGCGCUGGAGAUUCAAGAGGGGACUGCGUCCAGGGCAAAAGCUGAGUCGUCCCAGGACUGCCUGAGCGCGCCCUGCCUCAACGGCGGCACUUGCAACGACUCGCGCGUCUGCCACUGCGCCGCGGGCUUCAAAGGCGCGCAGUGUCAAAUGUCGUGCCAGCGAGUGCCUCACCCGUGCACCCGCCUCUACUCCGAGACAAAGAGCGUGCCCGUGUGGGAGGGCGACGUCUGCCAUUACGUGUACAAAAGAAUGUAUAAAGUGCAGCAAGAUGUUUGCUACCGAGAAGUCUGCGACUCGACGCUUCCAAGGCAAAGUCAAGUAACAGUCAGAAGAACAACCAGACAACAGUGAAGAGCACUCUGAGGCCGGCGCAGGGGAAACAUCCACGUUGGUGUUUACGAUGUACUUGAAGUACCACGGUUGUAAGAUGAGAUAAGACAAGAUAAGAUAAGACAAGGCGAGGUUACGCCGGCGUCGUUGACGCUGCGCUAACCCGUCAGGACACACUGGAACAUUUCAAGCUCCAGGACGUCCGACAAUCCCAUCGCGAGUCGCAGGAAGUCAUUUCUCCCUCCCUCUCUGAUGAUGGCGCAGUGUUUUCUUUGUAAAAUAUCUUUGUUUUAUUUUUUAUUAUUAUUAUUAUUGUUAUGUAUUAGCAGGCAUCACUGCUCGUUAUGCUGUAAAUAGUGUCCAUAGGCCAUUUUUGUAGGUGAAUAUUUUAAUAAU